AUGUAUAUGACCUUGCUUGAUCAGGAGAACGCUGCAGUCAAGCAGUCACCUCAGCCCGAGAUAGCCACACCUCCUGUGUGGACGCUUGAAGCGACGAGAUACUUCGCUCGGAAGAUCGCAACGUGGAUCCGCAAUACCCCGUAUCGCGGAAUGCGCGGUGCAAUCAGAGGAUCGGAGAAGUCGGUUCCAUUCAAUCUCGUCUACGAAAACCCACCCGUAAAUGCUCUUUCCCGUUUUGCGAGUCAAAUCGUUUCUUCUGGAGAUCACGAUGAUAGGAAUAAGCCGUCGAAAGCGGAGAGACUCCGGGAGCUGGUGGCAAAAUACUCGCCUGACUUUCCGGGUCACGAAAGCGUGUUGUGUUCUUCCGGCGGUAGAGAAGCGGUUAUGAUCACCAGAACCACGGGAGGGCUCGGCUCGGCUGCAGUUCAUGAGCUGUUUGCCUGUGAAAAGGUCGCACAAGUGUACGCGCUCAAUCGGCGGUCGUCCAAGAAUCAAUCCCUGCGGGAACGUCAGAGGAGCAUCCUGCGAUGCCGCGGCCUCAUCGUCGAUCUAGUUGACUCGGACAAGGUUUGCCUUCUGGAGGUUAAUAUGGCCUUGCCUAGAUUUGCCCUUGACGGGAAGCUGUAUGGGGAGGGGAGGUACAUGCGUUCUUCCGUUACCAGAAUUAUACACAACGCAUACCCAGUCGACUUUAACAUCUCGCUCUCGUCGUUCAAGCCGCAGCUCUUGAUCGUGCGCAACAUCAUAGAUUUUGCCCUAUCUUCCCAUCUAGCAACACCCCCGGCGAUCAGAUGCACGAGCAGGAUUGCCGUCUUAGGUGGUACGCUGCAUGUCAUCUCUCUCUUCACGGUACUUCACCUCAUCCCCUCGGUACCUGCUCGUCGCGUUGAGCCCGCGAAGGAGACGCCGUUAGAAGUUCCAUCGUCCGCGAUAUGGAACGGAUAUUCCGAGUCGAAAUGGACCGCGGAGCGGAUACUUCAGCGCGCAUCUGCCGCAGUGCCCGCGUUGAGAACCACAGUGGUUCGCGUGGGCCAGCUCGCAGGUGGGAAGACCGGGGACUGGAAUACGGCUGAAUGGCUGCCCUCGCUAAUCGCGUCAGGCGCGAAGGUUCAGUGUCUGCCGAGUCAGCCCUCGUUUACCCUGGCCGGCAUUGACAACAUCGCUCCGGUGCUUCAUCUUGCCCAUCCGCAGCCCGUCGCGUGGGAUAUGGUCAUGAAACACGUAUCUGAGCGGCUCGGCGUGCCUUUGAUAUCUUACCCCCAAACGCCCUUGACCGAUCCCACGAAGACGGAGCUCGAACAUAUGCGAGACCACCCGGCGACGCGGCUGCUUCCGUUUUGA